UGCAUUUCUGUUUUUUUGUGUUCAGAUAAAUUUGAAGCCAAAUAUGUGGAAGAAUAUUACUUUGCUUCAGGAGGUUAUGGAUCCAUAUAUGGUGGCUUUCGCAAAUCUGACAACUUACCAGUAGCCAUUAAGCACAUUUUCAAACGUAAAAUCCCAAAUAAAAAAAUGGAUGAUGGCAAUGGAAAAAUGGUUCCUUCUGAAGUGGCCAUAAUGUUAAAGUUACAAGAUGAAUCCAUUCAUUCAGAUGGAAAAGCAGCGCCAGUAGCCCUGUUGGACUGGUAUGAGAUAGGUGGAGAAAUCCUCUUGGUCAUGGAGAGACCGAUCCCUUGUGAAGACCUGCUUCAUUACAUUGAUAGCAAAGGAGGCACACUGCAAGAAGAAGAAGCCAAGAUCAUAAUGAAGCAGCUAAUUCGCACAGCCAUAGACCUUGUGGACAGAAAUAUCUUCCAUCAAGACAUCAAGACUGAUAACAUCCUCAUUCAAACCCACACAAAUACACCACAAGCUCGUCUGAUAGACUUUGGAGUGAGCUGCAUGGCAGAAAAGGAUUCCAUCCUUAGAGGAUUUUCAGGAACUCCCAUAAAUGCUCCCCCAGAAGCAUUUAGAGGCUUUUGUAGCCCUGGAUCAACCACUGUGUGGCAGCUUGGAGUAAUUCUGUACGAAACCCUCCAUUACUGCAACGAUUUCUCAUCAAUACAUUUUCUUGACGGGGAUCAGAUGAUUGACGAUGAACUGUCAGAAGAGUGCCAAGACUUUUUCCAAGCAUGUUUAAAUACUUCUGAAGAACAGCGCCCCAAACUGCAAGAUCUCCUCCACCAUCCAUGGCUCAGAUAAAUUUUGGACAAUACGGAUGAGACCUUCAAGAUGCUAAAGCAAAGAAAAAGAAAACACACACACACAAACACACACACAGGGACAGAGAACUCAAAAGUCUGAAAUCUUAAAAAGUUUAAAAAUUUUAACAAAAAUCAAAAGCCUAAAUUGACCUUAGAAUAUAAAUGUAGAGUGUAAAGGAAAACGAUAAAUACCCCUAAAUAUACCCCUAAAUAUAAAUAAAUAAAUAAAAAAUAUAAAUGGCCCCUACUUGUUUAGCUGCAAGUAGGGGCAAAUGAUGGCGAUAUUAUAAAAUGAAAGUUGGUCCAGUUUUUACCCUACGUAGGAAACUAUGCCAGAUUUAAAAUUGGAAUCGGUUUAAAAAGUGGCAUUUCCGAUUACUAGGUCCUGUGUUUACCAACGAUUUUGUUAAAGUACCCCAACUUGCACGAUACACUCCUUUUUUUUCAGUCUUCUUUUGCUUUGAUGUUUGGAAACACGGCACUAGGCAGCAUUAAACAACAGAAUGUUGUAAAAAGAAAUGUAGUAUAGUAUAACUGAAAAUCCAGAUGGUUAAAAUUAGUUAACUAGUUAAAGGAAAACUGAACAAAGGCUCCUCACUGGCGUUAAAUGUCUUCUGGGUUCUCUGUCUCCACUGACCGUGCUAAUGCUGACUCUCCCGGAAAGACCUGCCUCGGUUUCCUCAUUCCAGUGACCGGGACUCGUCUGUGUUGCCGUGACCUUCGUGGAUGCCGCGUGCGGAUGUCCUCCAGAGAGAGUUGGCAGGACCUUCUGAGUCUCAAAUUUUGGACUCCUUGGCGUGAUGGUGGUGCUGGUGGGGGGGUUGUUACAGUGUGCUGCUAGCAUACUUUUUCUGCAGCUCCUUUAACCCCCCUGCCGUCGUCUAUAUAGAGAGCUUGGGCAGGAGAGGAGUGUGCACCACCCAAACCGGGUGGAUUUAAUUGGCAGAAAGAAAAACUAGGAGGGGACGUGCAAAAACCAGGCAAGGCUUUUUAAUUCAUCUGUAAACACAUAAAAUUAGAAGCUCAAAAAUCCUUUUAAUGAGAAGCAUAAGUCUAACAAGGUUGCAUAGUGUUUAGGGAAUCUGACUAUUUUCCGAAAACAAGCAAAUAGAAACCACAAUGUUAGCGUUCCGGAUGAGCUUCUAAAUGAGGGUGGUAGAGGGAAAUCGCCUAAUAACGAAAACAUCAACAUUUAUAAAGUCUUUGUAAUUUCCAUAACAGAUAUCAAAUAAUAAAAGAAUAUUGGACAUAACUGAGAUCAAACGAGGAAUCAUAUUGCUAAAACAUGCGCCAACUGUAUAAAGGGAAAAACGCAUUAGGAAGGGGCUACCAACCCAAACUGAAUACAGGGGGGAAAGACACUUAGGGACAACCAAUAGUCUGUAGUUAAAUAGACAGAUUGGUCCCAUUACACGUGUGUGGGUUUUCUCCGGGCCCUUUGGGCUUCUCCCACAUCUUAAAGAUGUGUCUUAAAGUUUAUUUGUUGCAUACCGAAACCUAGCUUUUCUUGAUAAAUUGGGAUUUAAAAUUCUUGAAAAGAAUCAGUAAAAAUAGGACCAUCCAAACCUCAAUCGGUUUUCUACAUGAACUUUUGCAACUCUGACUUGGCAAAAAUAAAAUUAAGAGCCUGCACUAAAGCGUACUAGGUCUUCUAAAGCAAAAACAGUCAAUUAAAAAGCCCUGGCAUGUCCCCUAACUGGUUUUCAAAUUCGGGAUUACAAUUGGUGAAAUAAAGAAGAAUUGUGAUGUUUUUUUCCCAUUAUUUUUCUUUUGUUUGUUUUUUGUUGGUCAAACACAGAAACGUAAAAACAGGGUCUAAUAAUCUUCCAACAAUAAAUGAAAAAACUAUGUUUUUUUUUCUCUUAACAGUAUUUUAAAGCUUCUUUAACCAUUUCUUAAAUUACCAUCAAUUGUGUUUAAAAUAAACUUGAAUGAGGUUUUUGUUGGAGACAAAUUACAGUAAGAGUAUAUAUUACAGUUUGUGCUUAAAAAAAUUAUAGAUAUAAGUAUUUGUAUUUUAAAGUGAAAAUAAAUUCUUUGUAGGAUUGUAAACGGUGAAGAAAAGUGGCGUGACCAUUUUCUGAUUGGAAGAAACAUUGGAUUUCAGAAACUGAAUAAAACGAGGCUUAGAGUUUGAUAACUCUA